AGCUUGGACUGUCUCUCUCAGAGAGGCGCUGCAUCCCAGGUUGCGGAGGCUCAGUAUGCAGUGCCGAGUUGGGGAAUUUAUUGCAUGUACUGCAUUCGGACAUAUGCUGCAGAUAAUGGAGCAAGAGGAGAAGACAGCGAGAAUAUAUAACUGCCGAAGGGAAACUGUCCCGCUCAGAAAAAUUUGACCUGCUGCAUGUCUUUGAGGAGGCAGAUUUCAUGAAUGCAGAUUCUCAUCAAAGCAUGGAUUUUUACAACUGUACUAAUGGCAACUGCUCAUCAGAAGAACUUGCCAAAGGGCCAACCAGUAAAAUUUUGAUUUCUUUGACUCUUUCAGUGCUAGCAGUUCUGACAACUGCUAUCAACUCUCUUGUAAUCGCUGCCAUCAUUGUUACAAGAAAACUUCACCACCCAGCCAACUAUUUGAUAUGCUCCUUGGCUGUGACAGACUUCCUUGUGGCUAUCCUGGUGAUGCCAUUCAGCAUUGUGUAUAUUGUGAAAGAGUCUUGGAUAAUGGGCCAAGUUGCAUGCAACAUCUGGCUGAGCGUUGACAUAACUUGUUGCACCUGCUCUAUUCUGCAUCUAUCUGCUAUAGCCUUGGACCGGUACAGGGCAAUUACUGAUGCUGUGGAAUAUUCUAGGAAAAGGACUCCAAAGCGUGCAGCGAUAAUGAUCUCCAUUGUCUGGAUCAUAUCUAUUUUUAUCUCUAUGCCUCCACUCUUUUGGAGGCAUCAGUCAAACAACAGAGAUGAUGAAUGUCUUAUUAAGCACAAUCACAUUGUAUUCACCAUUUACUCAACCUUUGGGGCCUUUUAUAUCCCCUUGACCUUAAUUCUUAUUCUUUAUUACAAAAUAUACAAGGCAGCCAAAACCCUCUACCACAAGCGUAAUGCCAGUCGGAUUGCCAAGGAGGAGGCAAAUGGAAAUGGUCCACCUGAGGCUGCAGACCGAGGUUCCAAAAAUCCCUCCAACCUGUGUAUCCCAGAAAAGUCCUUUUCUGAACCUUCCACAGAAGGUGAGAAGAUUCAUAUCACAAUCAGGAGUCCUAAAAUGGAAUCAAGGAGGGAAAAGUCAUGGAGAAGGCAAAAGAUUUCUGGUACAAGAGAGAAGAAAGCGGCCACCACUUUGGGUUUGAUCCUGGGGGCAUUUGUCAUAUGCUGGCUGCCCUUCUUUUUGAAGGAAGUUAUUGUGAACAUCUGUGCAUCGUGCUACAUCUCAGCGGAGAUGUCAGAUUUUUUGACUUGGCUGGGCUACCUCAAUUCACUUAUCAACCCUCUUAUUUAUACAAUCUUUAAUGAGGAUUUUAAGAAAGCUUUUCAGAGACUUGUCAAGUGUGGCCAGUACCUUUAGAACUUUGAAAACAAAGAAAUCAUAGAUAAAAUAGAAAAAGGAUUUACUGAACCAAAAUAAGCUAGAAAAUGGGGAUCUAUCAAUCCAUAAACAAGAAUUAAAGAGUUAAGAGGAAUUGAUAGUGCAGAAGAGGAGGGCAGCAUAACCCAGAACAACUGAUAACAAAACAAAAACAUCUCUCUUUCAGUUGGAAUGGUUCACCACUUUGCUAUUUUACUUUGUUUUGUCCAAAAGGAUCAAUGUAAUUUUCUUCUAAAAUUCCGUGGACCAUAAUAACAGCCGUGACUCUUACAACUAUCUUUUUAGAUUGUUUUGUAUGGUCCCCUUCAUGAUUAUCUUCAUUGUUUUAACAUGUGAUACAAUGAGCUGCUAUAGUAGAAUGUUGUAUAGUUUGAAAUGAUACCAGUUUCCUUAGUUACCCAACUCUUAGGGUCUAUCAAGAAACAAGAUGAGAAGAACAAGAAAGGAAGAUGUAUGUAUUGUGUGGGACCACUUUGUAUUGUUCUCAAUGAGAAACACCUCAGAUCUGGUUUCAUUUUUGAGGAACCUGUGUAUCAAUCUCCAAAUAAUUCAAUGAUUUAUUUCCAUCUCUCCAUCCACCUAGAUUUACACUCAUCACCCACACCCAAGUCUACCUUUUGUUGUGCCACAGCAUGCAAGAUGUAUCCCUUAUGUAGGGAGUCAUACCCAGCCAUGACUACCACCUGUCAGUCCAUUUUAUUGGCUUGAGCUUCGAGCCCACCGAGAGAGGGGCAUGACUGUACAUCAUCCAAGGCAGCAAACCAGUACUCUUUUUGUGACUUUAUUGCGACUCCGUAGGUGAGUUAGCCACAUAGGUGAGAUGUAUGAAAGAUUUGCCAUUUUUUUAUACUUUCUAAUUAAACAACAGACUCUAUCCCCAAUGAUGGCUUUCCCCAGAAUUUAAUAACCUAUGAUAUGAAAUGGCAUUUGUGCAGUUCUUUAAAAGUAUUAUAUUUAUGGGAAUAUUUUCCAUUUUAUUUUUCAUAAAUUUAUUUUUGUUAUGAGCAGACAACUAAAUUGCUUAUUGAUAAGGAUAUGUCAGAAUGGUUGUGCAUGGCAGAAUGAUUCUGCCAAUGAAAGCAACCCCUUCCAUGCAGAGUAUUCUGUCUUCCAUCAGCACUUCUUGGGUAGUUCACAAAGGAAGAUGUCAUGGGGAAUCACUAUUUUCAUUAAUCAGCAUAAUGCCCAGCUUCUGCUUUUCCUUGUAUAUUUUUCUUAGGAUGCUUUUCAUCCACUGUCCAUCACAUGCUCGAUGUGUAUUGUUACAUUCUCUUAUCAAGAUGCUGAGGAAGCCUCAUUUCUGAGGCAGAUGCUGAGGUAGCUUCAUGAAAACUUCACAUAGAGAUAAAUCAGUUAAUGUCAUUAUUAGCACAUUAGAACACUCUAGAUGAGAACAGGCCAUUCACCCCAAAAAAGCUUGCCAGUCCUAUCCACUUAUUUCUUCCAAAAAAACAUCAAGUUGAGUUUUGAAAAGUCCCUAAUGUCUUACUGUCUACCGCAUUACUUGGUAGCUUAUUCCAAGUGUCUAUCAUUCUUUGUGUAAAGAAAAACUUCCUAAUGUUUGUGCAAAAUUUACCCUUAACAAGUUUCCAACUGUGUCCCUGUGUUCUUGAUGAACUAAUUUUAAAAUAACAGUCUUGAUCCACUGUACUGAUUCCCUUCAUGAUUUUAAACACUUCAAUCAUGUCACCUCUUAAUCUUCUUUUGCUUAAAAUGUAUAGGCUCAGCUCAUUUAAUCUUUCCUCGUAAUUCAGCCCCUGUAGCCCUGGAAUCAGCCUACUCGCUCUUCUCUGGAUCUUUUCUAGAGCUGCUAUGUCCUUUUUGUAGCCUGGAGACCAAAACUGCACACAAUACUCCAGAUGAGGCCUCACCAGUGCAUUAUAAAGGUUGAGCAUAACCUCCUUGGAGUUGUACUCCACACACUGUGCUAUAUAACCUAACAUUCUGUUAGCCUUCUUAAUGGCUUCUGAACACUGUCGGGAAGUCAAUAGCUUAGAGUCCACUAUGACUCCUAAAUCCUUCUCAUAAAGUGUACUCUCCAUUUUCCGACCACCCAUUGUGUAUUCAAACCUAACAUUUUUACUUCCUAUGUGUAAUACUUUACAUUUACUGACAUUAAAUUUCAUCUGCCACAAAUCUGCCCAAGCCUGUAUGCUAUCCAAGUCCUUCUGUAAUGAUAUAAUGGAUUCCAAAUUAUCUGCUAAUGCACUUGUGUCUUUUGUGCUUCAUGGAUUUCCCUUAAAGAUGUAAUUUGAUAAUGUCACAGUAAGUUCAAGCUCCCUCAUUUCAUGUUUCAAAAUAAUUGUCAUGUCCAUCCAUUCAUUCUUUUUCUAAGUCUCCUGGUUUGAAUUUGCAAACCAAGCAUGGUCUGUUUGCACCUUCACUAUAUGUCUGCCUGGAUUUUCCCAUUAUGUCCCAAAAAUAUGCAGGUUAGAUGAAUUGUCAAUUGAAACCUACCUUAUAUGAGUGAGUAGGUGUAAGGAAGCCAUGCAAUGGUUUGGCACCAUCUCCACAGUUGGUUCCUACCUCUCAUCCACUAAUACUUUGAUAGGCACCAGCUCCCUACAUCAUCUUCAUGAGCCCCUCAAAACAUUCAGCAGAUGACCAGAUAGUCAUCUCUGUAUCCUCCAAAACUUUUCUAUGUACACUUCAUGCGGAAAGGCUUUAAUUGUCACCAAAGUAUCAUGUUAUGUCCUCUCAACCAUUGUCCCUGAUGUUUCCUCACUUUACUUAAAGUAUCCAAAGUAUAUUUCCUCAAAGGUUAACUGUUCAUUGGGAAAUUAAAUCUAUAUAAUUAAGAUUUGAUUUGCAGGAUCAGAUAGCACUGCUGCCUUUCCACUCCUGGGAUCAUAUCAUGGCCUGGGCACUGUUUUUGUGGAAUCUGGGUUGUUUCUGGGUGGUCUGCUUUCUUCCCACAUUCCAGAGAUGUACAGUAUACGAUACACUCACCAAAGGCUCAUUAUGAGUGAAUGUGGAUGCAUUCAGUGAGUGUGUCCUUCAUGUUUUAUCCAGUGUUGUUUUGAUACUGAUGCUGCUGGUUAGACUUUAGGCUCCUCAUAACAGCAUUAAAAAAAUCAAGUUCAGAAAAUUCAUGGCUAGAUGAACUGUUGAGAAUGGUAAAGAAUAUUUCCCUUGCGAUCAAAAAUGAAUGUUUCUUUGGUUAUUCAGUUCCACUUUUAAAGAACUGGAACUGGUCAAAAAUAUAGAGUAUUAUUUGGAUAGAUAUGGUAGUGGUUAAGGAGGUGGAUGGGGAGUAUUUUGGCCAUGAAGGUAUCCCAACUGUAUCUGUGUCACUUGAUUUCAAACUAGCUUGGACUAACAUUCAUUACUCAGAUUUCAGAGGCAAUAACUUUUCUAUUUGUUCACUUUCACAAUUAUCACUGUGACAUUUUAAAAAGUAAUCAAAUUCUAGUUUCUCAGACAUGUGACAAAUUCAUAUCAAACAGUUUCAUUGGCUUGCCUAAGUAGUCACUUUUGUUCUUAUUUCCUACAUCACAGGAUGUUUAUAAUGAGGAUAUACAAAAACAAUAUCAUGGCCAAUCAUUUCACAAGACCCCAGUACACCAUGUCAAUGAAUCCCACACAUAAUUCCUGUGGCACAACGCUUUUCUCUCCUCAAUCUGAAACUCCUGAAGUACUGUAUGGGACAAUUGGGUGUCCUUCAGUUAAGUUAUGAAUAAAAUCAUCACUGUCAAACAAUCAGUUACAAGGAAAUGUCAGAGCAGUGCACCAACUGAACAGUCCGGUGUAAAGAUGACCCUGCUGGAGCGUUCUUCACAUGUUAACAGGAUUUUACCUUUGAGUUUGUGAUUCUCUGUGCAAAGUGAUACAGCUGAGUGGGCCUUCAAUGUCUGUAAGACUGUAAUAAAAAUCAUUCUGCCAUUGGCACCUUUCUUUUAUUGAGUAUUUUCUUACAAAGUAAUAAGAAUGGAGGAGUAAGGUAUGUUGUUUUAGACUCAUUGAUACCAUCAUCUGUGGAGAUUAAUGUGCAUACAUAACUUGUUUGGAAACUUCUAGUACAACAGCCAGUCACAGACAGCAAUUAGACUAGUGGUGUAUUCUCUAAAAUAGUAAGGGCAUUUUCCUCUGUUGUGUAUGUCCAGUGGUGGACUGUCUAGAUUGUGUUCCUGCCAUGUUGCUGCUAUGAAAUGUUCUGCUAGCCCAAGCCUGUUUAAGUAAAAAUGAAAAUGGAUGAAUGGAUGAUCAAAGGUGCCCCUUAUAAAAACAGAAUCAAGAAAAUAAAAAUAAAAAGCAUAAUAAAGAUGACCCUGCUUUGUUUCUCAUGUGAUGCUUUUGGUUCUAGACCCAUGAGCGUGGCAUAUUCAUGUUUCUAUUUCACAUAUUGUACAUUCUGGAAGUCGUACCCUAAUUUUCUCAAAAAGUAGUUUUUACACAGUGGCUAUCAGAUGUCCUCACAACCUUAUGCUUGGAACAUAAUGUGUUAGAGCUGUGAACCAUAUUGAUCAGGGUCCUCAUCCGAUCAUUGUCACUGUUCUUAGCCUUUACUGGAAAAACUUUGGUGUAAGAAGGUGAACAAUCAUCUUCAAGGUAAUAUUCAGCCAUUGAUUGUGGACAGAAGAAGCCCAAGACUACGGGAACCAUCCUCUUUAUGGUUGUUUUGUAACUAAUGUAGCAUUAUUUAGAUAUGUGAUUCACUUCAUUCUCUACUAGCUAGUCACUAGUGGAAGUCUCAUUAGUACUGUAAAUCUUAAUGUAUAUGGUAAAGCCACAAUUCUAACAGAACUAAUAGGGAAAAAUGUCCUGUGUUAAUUAGACAUAUAAAAGUGCCAAAUAAUGUAACUGCUAUUUGUAUUUUUUUAAAUCUUCUGCAUAUUGCACAUAUCAAAAAGCAGUAGACAAUUUUAAUUCACUUAAAACCAUUAUUUUUAAAUAAAUGCCUAGUCCUGAUAUCAUUUAUACAGGAAAAUAUCCUGAAAAAUACAUUUAUUGAGAGAAGUUUACAGUUUUGGAAUGAUUAUUUUGUAAAAGUCAAACGAGAACAGAAUUGCCAUAAAAGGCCUUUUAGAGGAGGUUGGCAUGGUGGUAGUGCUACUGCCCUGCAACUAGGAGAUGGAAGUUCAUGUCCCAGGUGCUCCCUGCAUUGAUUUUGCAUCUUCUCCCCAUGCUCACAAGGGUUUACUUUUACAGUCCAAAGACAUGCUAGGUAAGUGAA